AUAUAGCAACUCUGGAAACUCAAGGUUUCCCAGCUGAGCCAUGAGUAAUUCUUUUGUGACUCUGGCUGAGGUCUUGGAGGCAAGAGGAGGUCCUAUAGAAGACAAUGAAAUCUGGGCUCUGUUAUUACAAGCCACUGAACUCUUGCAGGAAAAUGCAGUGGAAGGCACCCCCUUCAGUUAUAUUAUCUGCCCCUGGUCAGUGCUGCUGUCAGCUAGUGGUGGAUUGUCUUUUAGAAGUAAUGUCUCAGGUGGGGACAUUUACACCUUUACUGCACCAGAAAUGCUCCAGGGGAGAGGCUCGAACUCGCAGCUUGGGAUAGAAAAGAUGCAUGUGUACUCACUGGGAAUGACCAUGUACUGGGCAGCAGACUAUCAGCUUCCUGAAACACAGCCUGUCCAGCUUGGAGGCCGACUGAACCAUCUCCUGCUAAGUAUGUGUGAGGACCUUCCACACCGGAGAGUGUCCUUGGAGACCAUCCUAAACACCUGCGAAACACAUCGGCAGAACUCAGGUCUGCCCCCAGCAAGCUCGUGCCUAAGAAAACUCGCUCAACUGGUGCUGGGGAGCACAGCAGAGGGGGAGCAGGUAGAGCAGGAGGACAGUGCCACCAAGCAGCCUGAUCGGAGCUCAGUGAUCAGAGAGAGGCUACAUCGUAAAACAUUACCAGAAGUAUCUGCUGUGACUCGCAGAAUCAAUAACCACAAAGGGAACUGGCAUCGGCAGGAGGAGUGGAGAGCAGUAAACAGGAAUUCUAUAGCAAGUCGCUAUCGACCCUUCACAGACAGGUCCAUAAGUACAUUAAGCAUCGACUCCAGUGGAAUUCAACAGGAGAGUGAACGUGGCUAUUUGCUGAGUGGUGGGUCAUAUCUAGAAGCCGCACUUUUGGACAAGGCAGACAAUUCUCCUCCGAGAGCUGCUUCUGUUGCCUAUUCAUUGCCCCAGAAGGGAAAGCAAUAUUUGGGACCAGAGUUCGUUAAAGUGGCUGGGGACCCUGCGAUGCCUUUAGAUUUACCUGGCUCCAUUGUGAGCAAGAAAGGAAAAGUGCAUUUAUCCCAACGAGAGCUCAGUGUCAUCACACCAAACGGACAGUGUUUGGAUGUGAAAUGCGAUGUGAAGUCUAAGGGCGGUGAUGUCUUUGACAUGGUUGUGGCUUACACGAACCUUGUGGAGCACUUCUAUUUUGGCCUCGCUUAUCUGAAAGAUAAGGAAUUCUUUUUUCUUGACCAUUUUACCAAGCUGUACAAGGUGGCACCUAGUGGGUGGAAGGAUCAGCCCAAAAAGAAACCGGCAAUUGUCAACUUCACACUGUUCCUGAGAAUAAAGUUCUUCGUUGAGAACUUCAGUUUAAUUCAACACAGCGUCACCCGACAUCAAUAUUAUCUGCAACUGAGGAAAGACAUCCUUGAAGAGCGAUUGUACUGCAGCGAUGAGACAGCUCUGCUGCUCGCUUCUCUGGCUCUCCAGGCAGAGUAUGGAGAUUACAUUUCUGAGGUGCAUGGCAAGAACUACUACCGCGUGGAACAUUACAUUCCUCCCAGUGUGAUAGAGAAAAUGGCUUUGACUUGUAUAAAGGAGGAGCUGCCCCGACUUCACUCCACUUACUUUAACUUGUCUGAAGAGGAGGCUGAGAUGGAGUAUCUGAAGGUAACGCAGCAGCUUCCAGAGUACGGUGUGCUCUUCCACCGGGUAGCACGGGACAGGAAAGCUGCAGGUGGGGACGUGGUGCUCGGAAUCUGUGCCAAAGGGAUCAUUGUCUACGAGGUGAAGAACAACACCAGGAUCGCCAGUUUACGCUUUCAGUGGCGCGAAACCGAGAGGAUCACGUUUAAUAGAAAGAAGUUUACUGUGCAAAGCAGUUCAGACGGUAAGAAGCACAUCUUUAUCACAGACAACAGCAAAACCUGCAGGUACCUAAUUGAGCUGUGCUCGGCUCAGCACAAGUUCCAGAUGCAGAUGAACUCCCGACAACUUAGUCAAGCUGCCUUUGUAAACGACGAACACGUUUUUACCUCUUUAGUUUCCAAUGAGACAAGAUGUGCUCGGCGCAGGCGUUUCGAGGAAAUGCGCAAUAUUUCCCGUUCGGAGACUAUGCUGAGUCGGCCUAACAUGGACACUGUGUCUAUUGGAGCACUGAGCAAGUCCUGCGACAAUCUCACAACAGCCAUGGCUACCUCAGGGUGUGGAGGUGCCAAUAACAUGUGUAGCACAACAGAUGCCAUAUCUCAGUCAGAAAUCCUCCCCUUUUCGACAGAAAGAUGCAGAUAUUCGGGACUGCGGAACGUGACCCCGGGUCAAAGCGGCGUGACUGGUACUGUGGUAAACAAACUGGACGCUGAGCUGACUAUACCUGAGAGGGAGGUCGUUUUUGUAAAUCUGAAGAAGGAUCCCAAAGUUGGUUUUGGUGUUAUGAUUGUUGGAGGAGAAAGCACUGGGAAAUUAGACCUGGGGAUCUUUAUUGCAUCCGUCACACCAGGGGGUCCAGCAGACAAGGACGGACGUGUUAAAGAAGGGGGUCGAUUGAUCUCGGUGAAUAAUGAGAGCCUGGAGGGCGUCACCUUCAGAACCGCAGCAGAGAUUCUACAGAAUGCCCCCGAUGAGGUGAUGCUAAUCAUUUCUCAGCCGAAAGGCCUGUGUGAGGCUGUAAGGAAGGAUCCUGCAAAGUCAAAGGGUAAAGCCAACAGCUCGGUGAGCUCACAGCACCGUCGGCACGGUAACUCGCCUACCACAGAGCAAGGCCUCAACCAUGGAACACCAGAGGUAAUUCCAGUGCCCGGUGUGCCACCUGCCCAGGUUCAUGCGGUAGAAAUGAAGGAUGGUAUUGAAUCUUUAUCCACGCCACAAGACUUAAAGUCAGAGGGCAGAUACUACGUGGAGCUGGCCAAGAUAGACGGAAGCCUUGGCGUUAGCGUCACAGGUGGUGUGAACACCAGUGUGAAAAAUGGUGGGAUUUAUGUGAAGGCCAUCAUACCUGGAGGAGCUGCUGACCUUGAUGGUCAUAUCAGGAAAGGUGAUCGGCUGCAGGAGGUGGAUGGUGUCAGCUUGCAGGGCAUCACCCACAAGCAAGCGAUCGAGCGUUUGAAGAACACCGGCCAGGUGGUGCGGCUGGUGCUCGAAAGAGGACAGCAGGCAACAGCUGGGAGCCCCAGUUAUGAAGGCCAACAGGGACCCAUUCUCACUGACAGUAGGCACAGGAAACAAGAUGAAUAUCCUGACGAUUCUAUGGUAACAACCUUGUCCAUCGUACCCAAGGACUACAGCUUCAUGACAGAUGGUAACACGUUUGAGGUGAAGGUGAAAAAGAACUCUGCAGGCUUGGGAUUCAGUUUCCUGCAGAUGUAUCCAACAGACAACGACCCCGGAGGGAGUUUGGUGAGAAUAAAGAGAUUGUUUCCAGGACAACCAGCAGAGGAGACCGGCCAGAUUGAAGUUGGGGAUGUCAUUCUAGCAGUCAAUCGGGUACCAGUGAAAGGACUAUCCUAUCAGGAGGUACUUCACCUGCUGCGAGGAGCUCCCCCCGAAGUCACAAUGACCAUGUGCAGACCAGCACCAGGAACCCUACCUGAAAUAGACCCUAAUAUACUGACUCCGAUCUCAUCUCCUGUGAAAGAGUUGUCUGUGCUGAAGUCAUUUGAUCCACAGCUCCAAGAGCUGCUUCGAGAGUCUGGUCUGCAUCAGGCAGCAGGAGAAGAUGGAGAGCAGCCUUGGGGUUUUGCUGGACAGAGCCGUCCCUGUGAUUUGAGGGAUCAGGAGCGUGGUGGUGAAGCCAUCGAGGAAGCUGCUGAGCAGCGCCGACGUUUCCAAGAUAUUCCACUUGAUGCAGCGAACUUGGAAUUAGUUAGUGCUCUGGCUGAAGACCUGAGGCAGAACUGUUACUCAACCUGCGACUUAGAUGUUGCAAUGCCAAGCAUAGAUAGCCUUCUAUGCAGUGCGACUGAUGGAAGUGACUCUAAGUCAUCAGUGUUCUUUUGCAAGCCUGAAGUAUCUUCCCCUACACCAUUGGAUGAAGACUAUUUGACCAUAAGUUCCACAUCGGCCUCCUCACGGUGUGACAGUCCAGACUCUCAGUCACCGAACGUCAUUAUCCCACAGCCUCACUACUUGGUGCCUUCCCCCGAGACUUCAGGCCCAGCAGAGAAAGACACUAGUGAUAAAUCCGAAUGGGAAGAUCUGGAGGAGAUAGAUCCUGUAGUGGAAGCACAAGUGAGAGCAAGGAAUGAAGAAGAUGAGGAAGAAGUUCCAAAUUUAGUAAGUGUGGCAUGAGGUGGUUCUGUAAAACGGUAGCGGUUUUACAAGGUUCACCACAUAAUAGCUCACUUGCUGCUCGUGCACUAGUGUUUAUGUGAAUGUCUAUGCAUCGGGAAUGAAUGGACUAAGCUUUGCUUGUGCGUUUUCAUUGCAACCAUGAUUGAUGAUGCACUGAACACUUUCGCCAGCCAUGGUACAAAUGUUCUCUUCCGUAUUGCCGAUAUAAGGGCUACACUGCCAAAGUGGUAUCAGUUGAUUGUUCCAUUCCAGGACACUUUGUAUGUCAGUAUUAUUGGAAUUACACCUGAGCCCUCAGUAGAAAAUGGCUUCAUGUGACAAUAGAAUUUCAGAGAGAUCACAUUUUGCAAAUAAAUAAAAUAAGAGAUAGAGAGCAUGAAAGACAAUUCAAAAUGUUAAUCUCAUUGGAUUAGGUAACAACUUUUUAAAAAUCUUAUUAAUUUUAUUUUAGUAAAUAUUCAUGUAAUGCCACUACCAUGGAAGCAUGUGGCUUAUGGACAGUCUGUGUGCAGCUCUUGAAAAAUUACAUUAGCGUUGUUUUGGGUACUAUUGAUUUCACACCCUCUACAGCGCCUUAUUAAAGGGAUCCUGUGGCACCAAUAAUAGGGAAAAAAUGGCACAAGGUCUUCACACUGUAAAGUGGUGUCGCCAGCAGCGAGCAAGUCAAAGUGCACGCCCAAAUUUUGGAAGUUGCAGCGAUGUGAAUAUGAGCAGAAAAGCCUUAACAUAACCCUGAGUAACCAGCACAAUGUGAGCAGGGAAGAAUGCCCAGUAUCGGACAAAGGAGCCAUUGCGCACGGUAACUCCUGCAUCUGAUUUGAACAACAGGUUAAACAGCCCAGUGUCAGGUCCUGCAGAUGCAGGAAUUUUGAAAUAUAGACAGAAAAUGAUAGAAAUACUCAGCAGACCAGGCGGCAUCUGUGGAGAGAGAAACGGAAAUUAAUAUUUCAGGUCGAUGACCUUUUAAAAUAGUCUGUAUGACUUACCCUGUUAAAAAAAAACACUGCGCAGUGUGAAUCUUUGCACUUUUAAGCUGGAUUGAGAGAUGGUCAGCUGCCUUUCAACACCGUCAACUUCAGGAUUCUGUAGAGAACAGUAAAGCAUUGCAGCAACUUUGUGCCAGCAUUAUUCUCAUUAAAAUUUAAAAGUGGAACGUGACUCUUGACAGCCCAACUUAACUGACACAUCUUGAGUGUAGCCAUUACAAUAUUUCAUUAAAGAUUGUCCAAAUGUUUCUUUCACUGGUAAUGUUAUUGUAAACCACCAGACUCUACUAUUUAAGCAACUGAAAAAGUACACAAAUACAUUUUGGAGACCGAUAGAACUGAGGAGCUCUGUCGUGUUUGAUAACAUGCAACUAGCUGCUGCUGAGGCUUUCAUGCAGCUCCUCCAAGCCAACCAGUGAACAGAUACCCCUUUAAACCCCCUCUGCUUUGCUGAAGGGGCUUAAUGAUCGGCAGCAGGUUAGCUCUCCCCGAAGGGUCAAGGCUGCCGUCAUUCAAAGCUUGUGCAACGUGUGUAUAAAAGCUUCCUCCAUUCUUAUGUCUUAAAGCAUUAGGCAAUUAAAAAUAAUAUUGUGAUAAAUCAGGCAGCUGUUAAGGAAAAAAGUGACAGAGUCUAUGAAGUUUAUCACAAUGAAAUAAAUGUGAGCAAGGAGGAGCCAUUAAUCAUUAUCUGUGAAUAUAAGGUUGUUUCAUUCAUAAUUCAUUUUGUUCUGAUUGAAACGGAAUUAAAUUUAUAUUAAAUUGAGUACAUGAU